AUGGCUGCCAUUGCGAUACCAGAAGACUUCCUCCGGGGACCAGCGGUGAAAGCAACACUGCACAAAAUCGACUUCGAGAAAACAACACCACCCAUUCCUUCAUUCAAGAACAGCAUCGCUGCAGUAGUCGACAAUCUCUUGACAGAGACUGAAUGCAAACAACUCCUCCAAAUAGCAGAAGAGUCAACGCGGACCACACUCCCAGACUCGACACUCUCCGCCUCCCAAUGGGAACGCGCUAUGAUCAACGCUGGAGGCGGCAGGCAAAUAAUGUCCGUCGACUCCCGCAAAAGUGGUCGAAUAAUCUUCGACUCCACGGAUAUCGCCGAUCGACUUUUGGGACGGUUGAUGCCGUUUAUGCGCGAGUGUCAGAUCGACGUUGUCAAGAACCUGCCUCUAGUCACAGGACUCGGACCUGCCAAACGAGGCGAAGCGCUUCAACUCAGUCGAUUGAAUGAAAGAUUGCGAUUCUUGCGAUAUGAGGGUGGUGAUUACUUUCGUCCGCACUGGGAUGCGUGCUAUAUGACUCCGGAUGGGAAGGAGAAGUCUCUUUUCACAAUCCAUCUCUACCUGAAUGGCGAGGGGGAGCAGGAUAUGGAGGAGUUGAAGCCGCACAUCGAGCGAGCGGAAAAGAACUAUUAUUUGUAUGAAGAGGAUGGGGAGAUCAAUUUGGCCAAAGUCGGUUCUAAGGCUCCAGAGGGUGAUGAGAGCGAGGUUUCCGUUGUGGAAUCUCUUGACGGUAGUGACACUCUUUUGGGCGGAGCUACCUCAUUUGCUGCCGCGGUGAACUCGAAGGACUCAGUCCGCAUCUUUCCUAAGACGGGAUCCGUUCUUAUCUUCCAGCAGAGGAACUUGUUUCAUGGUGGAGACGAUGUUUUUAGGGGUGUCAAGUAUACUAUGAGGACAGACGUGAUGUAUUCAAAUGAAUAG